AGACUGUUUGAAAAUGUGUAUUUUAGUUGGGAGUUCAGCUGUAUUUAGGUGGAUGCAAACCCCCCGGACAAAGGAGAUGUACAUGAACGGAGCUUCAUAGUCAACUAGAAGAGUAAACGUCAGUCCGACAACCAAUGGAGCCACUACCACCGUCACCUUCAUCGUCGCCGCCGUCAGGAGGAGGUUCGCCGCUCCAAUUGGAAGACUGCAUUGAAGAGGUGCUGAAAUUGACACUCAUGUCCUCCAUACAAGGUAAACUCCACACCGGCCUCUCUAAUGAAUAUUGCGCCAACCUCCUCAGAGACGAUCCCUCCGAUCCCCUUCCAACUAACAACGAAGUACCUAAAGGAGUUAUAUGCUAUCCUUUAUACAAGCGCCUAGCAUUGUCUCUUUGCCAGUCUAUACAUUCUGGAGCCCUCUGUACAGAAUGUGAAGAAGUUAUACCAGUGCAUGAAGACCAAUCCUCAAAGAACAAAGACAAAGAAUGGAAUAAGCUGAUUGUGGGAGAGGGUUCUGCUUUACUGCAAAUUCUGAAAGAAGUGGACUUUGAGCUUGAUGUUCAGGAGCCUUUCUUUUCUCAGCUGAGUGAUGGACUCAAAACAAUUGAAGGAAGGUGUGCUGUUGGUAAAUAUAAGAGAUUUCAAUCCGGACAUUUUCUACUCUUUAACAAAUGCUUGAUGGCUCAAGUUCAGGAUGUCCGGCAAUAUGCUUCAUUUCAUGAAAUGUUGGAAACAGAAGGCCUUUCGAAAGUUCUUCCUGGAGUAACAAGCAUUGAAGAAGGUGUGCAAGUCUAUAGAAGAUUCUACUCAGAAGAAAAGGAGAGGUCAAAUGGUGUUCUUGCAAUAUGUGUUAGCAUACCAACUUCCCAGCUUUAUGUUGUUAUGGCCUCCAUACUUUCAGGGUUGAGCUAUAGUGGUAUUCAGAAACUUCUGGGCUUUGUGCAGACCAUUGGAACAAAUCCAGAAUCACUUCCUCCCCCAUCAUCAACUCUGCUGUCGACAUUUUUGGCACCAAAUAAUCCUGAUGUUAAAGGUUCAACCUUGACAAAUGGCGCCAGGGCCCUAGCAAAGCAUGCCAACAGAAGCAGUGAGGGGUACUGGGGUGCUCCAAGAGGAAAUGACUCCGAGAAAAAUAAGCAUGCUAUGGACGUCAUCAUUCGCCUGUUGACUCAAUGUAGCUGGAUGAACAUGCAUAUUGUUCCACCACAUGGCAUCGUCUUUGAGAUAAGGAACGAUGAUGGCUAUGGCGCGCGUUGGUCUGGAGAUGGAACUAAGUUUAUAGGAUUUCUGGAGCCGUACACGGUGGAUGGGCACUCAAACCGCUGGAAGCAUUAGUUCACUUCACUGUAUUUGGUACGGAGGAAUCGAAGUCUUGGAAUUGGAACCAAAACUUAAUCACACGAUCUCAUCACACUGUCACUAAGCUCAGAAGGCCAUAAACCAAACACCAAAGAGAGACCGAUGUUAAACUCUCUUGAACCCGAAAUAAUCCUUCCUCUUGUUGUUUCACCACCGUUGUUGGACAUGUUCAGACAGGUAAUUUCCUUCAGCAGGGCGUGUUUGCACUUUGCAGUAUGCUCUUAAAGUCUUGUGGAGAGUGACCCCUCGCGGUGGUCUUUCUGUGUGUGAUGACUCUGUAUUUAGUGAAAGAGCAGAAACAAGCAGCAUAUCCUUGACUUCCUAUUUGUACUCUUGAUGUUGGGUGGUAUUGGCACCUCCUACUGUGUGAGAAAUUUCGCCGACUUUUGGUUCGAGAACAAAAAAGGCAUCUCUGAAGUACCCUAUUGUUGUUUUGCCCUUAAAGAAUAAAGUUGCAAUUGCCUUGAGUCCAUAUGUUAUAAUUAAAUUUACUUUCUUUUAUUUUUCAUAUAUUCUUUUGCGUGGACUACUGUAUGGGUUGUUAUUUACUUGGUAGGAUACAUUUUGAGAUAUA